UUUUUAUGCAAUUAAUUUACCUAAAUAAUAAAACUAAAUGGAGAACAUCAGCAAUGAAGAGAAACAAGCUUAUCAGAAGAAAAUGCUCAACGUGUUGAUGAUUGAUUUUCUGAGAAGUACAAACAUUGAAUUUUCUAUCGUAAAUCAUCCAAAAUUUCGAGCAAUGUUCGAGCUCAUCAGACCGGAUAUUGUUUUGCCUACAACAUCAGACUUAAUUAAAGUGAAUGUCGACAAAUACGAUACAUUCAAACGAUGGGAGCUUAUGAACCCCGAUGAAUACGAAAAUUUAGAAAAACAACGUCACGAAAUGGUUCGUCAAUGGAUGCAAACUGAUAUUCUUGAAUGUCGAGAAUCAAACAACGAAUACAUGCCGAAUAGCCUUUCAAAUUGUUUCCAAUUGAGUCAAACUUCGGUAGGCAGGGAAAGACGAUCUGAUGAACAGUCGGUUUUCCCAAACGAAAUGGAAGAGGAGUCAUCUAUGGAUAAUGAAUUUGACGCGAACAGUGAAAAUUCGAAUGAUAUGGCACAAUCGAGUCCAAAUGUGAACUCACAAGAUAUCAAAUUAGAACCAAUAUCAGAUUACGAUGAUGCCCCCAUUGAAACAAAACCUUCAUUAGAGGAUCUUCAAAUGCAGGAGAAUUCAAAUGCAGGAAAUUCAACCAGCGAGAGUCAAAUUAUGAAUAACCCUGUAACUUCUGACAGUUUUGGAACGGGACCUUCUACUUCAUUGACUAAUUGCAAAUCGGAAUUCGAAUUGUUACUGAAAAAGUAUAAAAUAACAAGAGUGGAAGAGGAAAAGUCACUAAUUGGCUCGAUAGACAACGGAAAAUCAUCACAAAAACGUUCGAAAUCGUCCAUCCAACUCACAACAUUUGAACAUAUUCCUGGAUAUGUCAAAUGGCCGUGUCUGGUGUGUAAUCAACAAAUGGAAAUGACCAAGGUCCGUUCAGUCAAUAAUACAGAUGCCUACAUCAUGAUCUACGUUUGUGUUAUGAAUGAUAAGUACGAUAUGGACAAAGCAAAAGAGUUGGCUCGAAUGCAAAGAUUUAAAUGCUGUGUAUCUCAUUUAGAUGAAUUGUAUGAAAGCGCUCUUCAUUUUUUGGGAGUCGUGGAUCCAGAUAUUGAUAUUCACACGGAUAACGAGAAAAUUGUGCAAGCUUAUCAUGCAGUAAAAGGCAUCAAGGAUUCAAGAUUUGUGCAGAAACUAGUAUUCGAGGGUAGCAGGAAGCAUAUUGUGCCCUUCUGCAAUACAUUGAAGAACUUUUUCCAAAAGUAUGCGCGGAAAAAUUAUAUCCGACAAGCAACACGCAAAAUUUUGCCGACAGAAAUCUACGGUUUUGGUGAAAUUCCCAUUGAAACAAAAUAGGACUUCAAUCGAUAGCUAAUUUUUGAAUAUGUAUUUGAAAAUGCAUGAUUUCUCGGUAAUAAAGAUUUAACAGAAU